AUGUGAACACGAUCUGAUCCGGUGAGAUAAGCUGUCACACGAGAUUCCCUUAUAUUACAGAUAAAACCAGUCUUUACAGUUUUGUAUACAUUUUCAAAAAAGACAGAUCUUGUAGAAAGUUUCACUAUGAUAAAAUUUGCAGUUAUUGCCGCGGUAACAGUGUACAUCUGCUAUGUGGCAGCUGAAAUAUGUAGUAAUGUAGGUGACUGCAAGGGUACAUCAUGCUCAACAACAGCAACACACGUGCACGUUGAAUGUGUAGAGAGACACUGCACAUGUUCACAAGAUCAAAAACCAUGUCUCACCGUAUCAGAUUGUAGUGCUAACGCUUCAUGUAUUGACCGUGACGGACAUACAACUAAGUUCCACUGCCUAGAUGGAAAAUGUAAUUGCUUAAGAGUCUAAGACUCGCGCGUAUUGUCUUUUAUUCCUUUUAAGGAACCUACUGGUAUAUUUUUAGUUGAAAUUAAAGUUACUAAACCCA